AUGGACCUCUCUGGACCCGAUAACUGUGCACAGGACAUGGUACAGCAAAGGGACGAAGACCCCACCCCUCCCACUGCCGUCCCUGCCCCAGCCAAGAGGUGGUGCAGAAAGGAGCCUGUUGUGUCCCUCACCCACACCCCCUUAAAGGGGCUGCCUCAGGUGGAUACCACUGCCCCGUCUGAAAGCUCCCUGGUGUCAGACGAGCAGGAUACCAAGAUGGGACAAGAUGAGGGGACAGCUCCUUCCCAUCCCGAUGGCGAUGAUAAAGCUUCCGUCGGUGAAGGUUUCCCAGCUCCACCUUCUGGUACAGUGCACGGGGGUUCAGCAGAGUGCGGCACUAUGGGACAGGCGCCUCCAUCUGAGUCUGUCUCUCUGCCUGUGGGUAACGGACCUGCCGCUGAUGCCUUUCUCACGCCUCCCGCCAAAGUGCCGAAAAAACGGGGCCGUAAGUCCAAGGCGGAGAUGAUGGCUAUUGCGAUGGCGAAAAAAUUGGAAGAGGAGAGCAGAGUGGGGGAGUCCGAGCCGGAGAAGGUUGAGGUGACCCCUGGAGGAAGACCCAGGAGGCGGGCGGCUGCAGUUGCUCUUCGCUACCUCCAUGAAAUUGCAGAAGAAUUGUCAGUGCCAGGGCGAACAUCUCCCACCGUUCCAGGGAGCCCUGUGCCAGAAGAGAAGACCAGUCCAGAGAAGACGCCAAAGCCACCACAGUCCGGGAAGAAGAGGGGCAGGAAGAGGAAAUCCCAUGAUUCGGAUGAUGGCGAUGCAGACUUUGUGGUAUCGGAAGCCUUGCUACGGGAAGAGGAGGAGGAGAGAGAGGAUCUUGAGGAUGACUGCCUGAGCGACGAGGCUGAUAGUGACCUCCGAUCCUACAACACAAACGUCUUUGCCUUUGGAGAGAAGCCCUAUCCUCAGAUGAAAGGUGUUGCAGAGAACGGCUUCCAUAAUUCCAUCAUGACCCCCAUCUACAAGUCUGCAGAAAUCACAAUGGAUUUCCGGAAUGUUUACCACUCAGACUGGGAGUUCCCUGAUUGGAUCCCACGUAAAGACAGUUGGCACUUCCUGUCCUGCCAGGAAGCCGAGCCUUACCUCCCUCUCCAGCCCUCCUCCCCUCCAUUCUCCAUCAGACGGGAAGGAAUCAAGGAAGAGGCAGAGCCUUGUGUCCUGAACAGGUUCCAAUCUCUCCCCCCUCACCCUGAGCGCUGGGACUUUGCCUUCUUUGUGGGGGGCCCUGUAUGGUCCAUGGAAUGGUGCCCGACCCCGGCUGGCUCCGGGGCCUGUCAGUACGUGGCUGUGUACUGUCAUCGUGGGAUGGAUGACCGGCAUAGCCUGCAUGUGACGCACAGCCGACCGGCACUGCUCCAGAUCUGGAACCUGGGAGCCCUGAAUGUGGAGAGCGGCUGCGAGUCCCUGGCGUCUUUCUCUUAUGGGCUGGCGGCGGAUGAAGGCUGCAUCUGGGACAUGAAGUUCUGCCCCAGUGGAGGGUGGGAGCUCCCAUCUACCCCCAGGAAGGACUCGCAGAUGGCCAGACUGGGACUCUUGGCGGCCGCCUUUUUCCAGCGGCCAUGUUGAAAUCUUCAGCCUACCUCACCCGGAAUCGCUUCAAGCUCACCGAAAAUCCCAGGUAAAAGAUAUCUCGGAGAUGACCGUCUGCAAGGUGGACUCUGUGGUUCGGCUUUACGUUGGCUCCAUCAAGUCAUGUAGAUCUGGAGACAAUGGCCAGUGUUUCUCAGUAGCCUGGCAUCACUCUAAACCACACCAGUACCUGGCGGCUGGAUUCUUCGAUGGCACAGUGUCCAUCUGGGACCUGUAUACCAAAUCCAUUCUCCAGAAGGUGCGCCAGGGAUCUGUCAUCAAGCAGUACCCAUUCCUAAGCUUCUCAGCCCACAACCACGCUGUGCGCUGCGUCGAAUGGUGCAAAGCAGACAGUAAUUUCAUUGUGACGUGCGGUGUUGAUCGAAAUUUAAAGUUUUGGGACCUUCGGAGGUUGGCUGCACCACUCAAUGAUUUUAAGCGUUUCCAGAGCACAGAGGUGACGUGGCUGCUGCCAUAUUGCGGAGUGGUGGUGGCACAAGAUAACUGUUUUGCCCCGUUUGGGCUGUGUGGCCUCCAUUAUGUGGACGCUGGAUUUAUGGGAUACAAGCCAUACUUUGCUGCACCUCGCAGAGGGACAGUCUGGAGUGUGUCGGGCUCGGACUGGUUGGGGACGGUCACCGCGGGGGAUAUUACAGGCGAGGUGUUGGCCGUCAUGAUGCCGUUUCUCAAUGUCCACUCUAUCAACACCAAACGGCCGGCUGACCGCAGAUUUCCCGUUUAUAAGACCGAUUUCCAGUCCUCCGCGCCUCCUCUGGACAAUGACACCCACAGCCCAUCUGGCGAGUUGUUGACCGAGAGCUCGGACUACCAAUGUUUCAAGCCAAAGUCGUUCCGAGCGGCAGCCAGCCGUGCCAGCCUCCUCUUCCAUGACACGGAUUUGAGAGACUUCCAUCGAAUUAACAACAGAGAGCCCACCAGGAGGAUGACAACCAAUGAGACGAAGGGUGAUGUGAACAUGGAGCGCGUCCAGCUGGAGUCUAUACACAAGGUUCGUUUCAGCCCUAAUUUGGACACCUACACAUGGAUAGUUUCUGCGGGUCACUCCGGCCUGGUUCGGGUGCACUGUAUCCGUGGCCUGGUGUCCUCAGCGGGCCAGAGGAUGAUCCAGGAGAAGACUGCAGAGUUCCAGGCCACAAAUCGUACAUGUGAGAAUGACUGUAGUCCUGAAGGUCAGCUAUAG